GUCGCCACUUUCCCCUCAGAGAAUCAGUCGAAAUCUAAAUAAUCGGGGUUGGGCGUGUUACUUCUGUAAAUUGUGGAAAAAAUCAGUCCUUUCGAAAUCAAGAUGGCCUUGUCACUCAAGAUCAACAUACUCGACGGUAACGUUACCAAAACCAUCGUCUUCGAUCCCUCGACGUCGGUACAUGACGCAUGUCGAAUCAUACAGGAAAAGUGCACCGAAGCACAUGGGCAAAUUCUAAAUAUGAAGAAUAUUGAACUUUUUUUGUCUGACGGGGAAUUAUUAAUUUUNGUAUGGCUAGAGCCCGGAAGGAAUUUGGAAUAUUAUAUUCUGAGAAAUGGAGACAUGCUUGAAUAUCGAAAAAAGCUGAGAGCUUUAAGAGUGAAAAUGCUGGAUGGCACCAUAAAAACGAUGAUGGUAGACGACUCGCAAAUAAUAGCGAACCUGAUGGUGGUGAUUUGCACGAAACUAGGCAUCACGAAUCACGACGAAUACUCUCUGGUGCUGGAAGAACCCGAGAACCAAGAGAACGUCGACAAUCGAAACUACGGCACCCUAACUUUGAAAAGGAAGAAGGAGGAACGCGAAAGAGACGUCAAAAUGGACUUACUCCGCAAGAAGCUCCAUACCGAAGACGAGGUGAACUGGUUGGACCCCGCGAAGACUCUGAGGGAGCAAGGGAUCGACGAGAAUGAGACUGUUCUGUUGAAACGGAAAUUUUUCUAUUCGGAUCAGAAUAUUGAUUCCAGAGAUCCGGUACAGCUGAAUUUGCUGUACGUCCAAGCUCGAGACGCUAUUUUGAAUGGAACGCAUCCCAUCACCCAGGACAUGGCGUGCGAAUUUGCAGGGAUACAGUGCCAGAUUCAGUUCGGGGAUCACGUCGACACGAAGCAUAAGCCAGGAUUUUUAGACUUGAAAGAAUUCCUGCCCCAAUCCUACACGAAAACCAAAGGAAUCGAAAAGAAAAUCUUCAGUGAACACAAAAAGAACCAAGGCCUCACUGAACUAGACGCCAAAGUGAAGUACACGAAGAAGGCCCGCUCUCUCAGCACGUAUGGCGUCACUUUCUUCCUCGUCAAAGAAAAAAUGAAGGCGAAAAAUAAGCUGGUCCCCAGAUUAUUGGGCGUAACCAAAGAUUCGGUGAUGCGUCUCGACGAGAAAACUAAGGAGAUACUAGAGACGUGGCCCUUGACGCAGGUCAGGCGUUGGGGGGCAAGUCCGAACACGUUCACUUUGGAUUUCGGUGACUAUUCCACGUCUUACUACUCCGUACAGACGCCUGAUGGGGAGCAGAUCCAGCAGAUCAUCGCCGGGUACAUCGAUAUCAUUCUGAAGAAGAAGCAAGCCAAGGAUCAUUUCGGAAUCGAUGGCAACGAAGGGUCCACCAUGUUCGAAGAAAGUGUUGAGCCUCACAACUAUACCAUAUUGCAGCAUAAAACCGAUCAGAAGAUGAUGCCAAACACUGAAUCAUUGUCAAUGCCGGGCAUAUGGAGACCAGGCGAUGGUGAGAAAUCGUUCAGUACGGGUAUAAUGGGUGGCGCACAAAGUACCACUAUAAGUCAACCUGUCAGUGUGGUUCAUGUUCCUCCAGCGUCUACCAACGUUCAACAAACAAAACUGACCUCAAUCCUGACCGAACCGCAACGAGGGCUCAUAUCCACCAUUUCCGCCACCCAGACUAGGAUAAAAGAGUCCGAAAUCGAACUGCAAGGCAAAGUUACCAUCCCGGAACUCGGUACCGACCCAGCUGCCAAGAAAUGGAAGAAGAUGACCCUCGACACUAGGAAGCAGAAUGUCGGUUCACAAAUAGCUGCAAUGAGCGCUGCGACAGCCCAAGUCGUCACACUAACUUCCGGUCCCCAAGACGAGGUUGACCACACGGCAGUUGGGGCGGCCAUUACAACUAUUGGAAGCAAUUUGCCGGAAAUGACGAAGGAUGUGAAAAUCAUUGCAGCGCUUAUGGACGAUGACAACAUGGGAGAGAAGUUACUAGAUGCUACGAGGCAACUGUGUUCUGCGUUCUCUGAUCUACUCAGAGUGGCAGAACCUGAAUCUAAGGAGCCGCGCCAAAAUCUCUUGAGUGCCGCUUCCCGGGUCGGUGAAGCCAGUACCCAAGUGCUCGCCACCAUCUCUGAAGAAACUGUAGAAAGCAAAGAACUUCAAGACAUGCUCCUGUCGCUAGCCAAAGCCGUUGCCAAUACUACAGCCGCACUCGUUCUGAAGGCUAAGAACAUUUCUUCCACUUGCGAGGAUCAGCAUGUUCAGAACAGGGUGAUAGGAGCAGCGACGCAGUGUGCCUUGGCCACGUCACAGCUGGUUGCCUGCGCUAAGGUAGUGGCUCCGACUUUGCAUUCACCUGCAUGUCAGGAGCAACUCAAAACCGCAAUAAGAGAGGUGGCCAAUGCCGUAGAGAAUCUAGUUGUUAUAUGCAAUGAAUCAUGCUCGAAUGAAGAUUUGAACGGACAGUUGAAAAAUGCCGCUGCUGAUGUUACCAGGACUCUCAACGAUCUAUUAAACCACAUGAAAUUAGCUUCCCGACAAAGAGCCCGGGAAACUGUGCAAGAGCACAGCGUUGAAGAAAUUUAUACUGCUACUGAUAAACUCUCUGCAGCAUCGGGAGACGCGAACGAAAUGGUUCGUCAAGCCAGGCUUCUGGGUCAAGCAACUGCUCAGCUCAUUCAGAGCAUCAAAGGUGAAGCUGAAAAGCUCCCCGACUCGGACAUACAGCGUCGUCUUCUGGCUGCCGCAAAAACCCUAGCAGACGCCACCGCUAAGAUGGUCGAGGCCGCUCGUCAGUGUGCCAGCAACCCUCACGACGUCAACUACCAAGACAUGCUACGACGCACAGCGGAAGACCUUAGAGAUGUCACCGUCGUAGCCGCAACUACGCCUGCUCUCCGGGCCAAGCUAGUCGAUAGGGUUCAAGUCUGCGCCAGGAAGGCUGUUUCCUCUGCCACUCAGUGCAUCACCGCGGCGCAAGCCAGUCAUUCUCACAAUACGAACAUAGCAACUAGAGAGGCGCUUUCGCAAGAUACCCAAGAGUUGGCUGAGACGAUACCGCUAUUGGUGGAGUCUAUCAAAGCUAACGGGGAGAAUCCCGAGGAUACGAACGGCCAGGUUGAGCUUAUGUAUGUCGCCGAAGUGUUCUUGCAUCCUGCGUCUCAAGUCGUGCAAUCGUCGAGAUCUGUACUGCCCACUUUGACCGACCACCAGAUCAGAAGCCAGUUGUCAUCAACUAGCCAGAAACUCAAUACAGAAUUAAGCGAGUUACAUAGCGCUAUAAGUCGAGCUAAACCUGCUUGCCAAGGCUUAGGACUGGACGCAGCCAAUCAACUGAUCGCAGAUCUCCAAGAGGAACUCGAUGAAUUCGAGAGGGCCGUGCAGGCUCACAAAAUGCGUCCAUUACCAGACGACACACCCGAAAGAGGCGCCCAACAACUGGCAGCCAGUAGCAAACUUGUGAAUCAAGGGGUCGCCCAAUUGUUGAGCGCUGCAGCUCAAGGCAAUGAGAUGUACACUUCCCAAGCAGCGCGAGAUACCGCACACAGUCUCAAGAGCCUCACGGGGGCUGUUCGUACGGUUGUUGCUACAACUGAUAAUGUAGAAGUUCAAAGGAAGAUAAUUCAUUCCGGUCAAGAAUUACUAGCUCACUCUGCCGAACUGGUAAUCGAGGCCCAGAAAAGUCUAAAAUCGGUUGGCGUCACUCCCGGACUGCAGAAAGCAGCGAAGAACAUUGGGCAGGCUUUGAACGCAACUAUUGGAUGUCUUCCUGGACAAAGGGAUGUCGACACUGCCAUUACCAACAUUAUAGAAUGGUCGUCGGUAAUAAACACCAAUAACUUACCGCAAACUGAUAAGAGUUUCGGAGAGCUGCAGCAAGAACUAAACUCAGCUGCUGCUAACUUGAACGAGGCCAGCUCUAGUGUUGUUCAAUCGGUUUACAACCCUGUUCAGCUGUCUUCGUCUUCAAAGGAUUUCGCCGCAGCAUACCACGACCUGUUAACGGUAUCCGCUGAAAUGGCAGGACAAACCCCCGAUACCAGUGUUAGAGGUGAGAUGGUUCAUUCUCUCAAAAACGUUUCGACAACUUCUAGCGCGUUGCUGACCACUGCAAAAUCCCUCUCCGCUGAUCCCAAUCUUCCCAAUGGUAAAAACCAAUUAGCGGCCGCCGCACGUGCCGUAACGGAAAGCAUCAAUUUCCUCGUCAAUAUUUGUACUUCCGCCGCACCCGGCCAAAACGAAUGCGACAAUGCAAUCAGGAAAGUCAAGGCCAUGCAGUACCUUUUGGACAACCCCACGGAACCGAUCAACGAAUCUUCUUACUAUGAGGCUCUGGAUACGGUAAUCGAAAAGAGUAAGAUGUUAGGAGAGGGGUUGACCGGCAUUACCGCAAGUGCAAAAGCAUCGGAUCACGAGAAAUUCGCCGAACACGUGAAGGGUUUCACAAACGCCAUCUGCUCCUUGGUUGAGACGUCUGCCCAGACAGCAUAUUUGAUUGGUGUAUCAGAUCCAUCUAGCAUUGCUGGGCGUCCUGGGCUAGUAGACCAAGCGCAGUUCGCCAGAGCUUCACAGGCCAUACAGCAAGGCUGCGCUGCUCUUUCAUCAUCAGUAAGUCCCCAGAAACAGGUUCUGGAAGCUGCCACCCUAAUAGCUAAACACACUAGCGCUCUCUGCAACUCAUGCAGGGUAGCCAGUUCUAAAACGUCGAAUCCUGUUGCUAAAAGGCAGUUUGUUCAGAGUGCAAAAGCCGUUGCAAACAGUACUGCUGCUCUUGUAAAAGAGAUCAAAGCUCUCGAUGCUAAUUACUCUGAAGAAAACAGAAGGAGAUGCGCUGAAGCGACUAGGCCUUUGUUGGAUGCUGUCGAAAAUCUGUGCGUUUAUGCCAGUUCCAGCGAGUUUGUUUCUAUCCCCGCAAAAAUAUCGCAGCAGGCGCUCCAAGCGCAGAAGCCUAUCAUUGAGUCAGGGCGCAGACUCAUCGAUUCAUCCUGUGCGGUGAUAAACGCAACGAAAAAUCUCAUCAUCAUGCCAAAGGAUCCGUCUACCUGGCAACAAUUCGCUGCGAGUUCUAAGAACGUUUCAGAUUCCAUGAAACAACUCGUAGUUAACAUUCGUAACGAAGCACCAGGAAGGAACGAAUGUGAGCAAGCAGCGCAGAUUAUAACUAAUCACCUGAAGUCUUUAGAUGCGGCAUACAUGGAUGCGGUUUCUCAGUCUUUGAAGCCGCAGAGAUCUACUGCUCUACCAAUAUACAGUCAACAAGUUGAAAGGUCUGCUGCCGGAUUAUUGGAUACUAUCGAACCUUUAAGACAUGCUGCAAAGUUCGAAGCUGAGAAUAUCGGUCAUGGUAUUAACCAAUUGAUUCAAUUCUUCGAGCCUCUUGUUGAGAGUACCAUAGGCGCUGCCUCCAAUAUGACGAAUUCCAAACAGCAGGAACAACUUUUAGAUCAAGCCAAAUCUGUGGCAGAGUCCGCUCUACAACUGGUAUAUUGCACGAAGGAUUGCGGCGGAAAUCCCAAGGCCUUGAACAUCCACCCUGAAAUCGACGAAUCAGCAAACUCCACCCGCGAUACUUUAAAAGAACUCGUUGCAAACCUCGAAGCCAUCUCUACUCAGAGUGGAAUCGUAUCGGGAGUGGUGGACAACCUGACCCGCGCGAUGACUCGUCUAACGGACAAUCGGGCUUCGCUUAUCAUCUCGGAUAGCGAUCUCGGAUUCGUAGAUUAUCAGACACGCAUGGUGGACUGCGCGAAAGCUAUAGCCAAGAUCGCCGGAGAGAUCUCGACCAAAGCUGCGACAGACACUCACAAUAUAGCUCAACUGUCGGCUAAUCUAUCGCAUAAGUACGCGCAACUAUCCAACGAUAGCAUUGGUGCAGCAGCAGCUGCUACUAAUGGUGACGUUGCCAUAAAACUAAAGGAAGUCGUCCAACAACUUGGAGGGGCUUGUGUCGAGUUGGUGCAAGCCGGAGGUCAAUGUUUGGUCCAAAAGGACGACAUUAUUCUGCGUGAAGUCGGCGAGUGUUCCCGUAACGUAUCUGAAAAGGUCUCCAGAGUUCUGGCAACUCUCCAGUCUGGCUCCAGAGGCACGCAAGCGUGUAUCAACGCUGCAUCGACGGUUUCCGGUAUAAUUGGUGAUCUGGAAACUACUAUCAUGUUCGCCACUGCAGGCAAUCUGAAUCCAGAGAACGAGCAGGAAUCGUUUGCGGAUCAUCGGGAGAAUAUUUUGAAAACUGCGAAGGCCUUGGUAGAAGAUACAAAGACUCUCGUUGCUGGUGCAGCUUCGUCCCAGGAACAACUUGCUGUCGCUGCCCAGAAUUCCGUUAAAACGAUAGUGGAUCUUGCCGAAGUGGUGAAAUUCGGAGCAGCAAGUUUGGGCGCCGACAAUCCAGAUUCGCAGGUUAUGUUGAUAAAUGCUGUGCGAGACGUAGCAAGUGCCCUUGGCGACCUCAUCCAAGCUACCAAGGCCGCUAGUGGAAAACCCAUAAACGAUCCUGCAAUGGCCCAUCUGAAGGACAGUGCUAAGGUUAUGGUCACAAAUGUAACGUCUCUACUGAAAACGGUGAAGGCUGUAGAAGACGAACAUACAAGGGGCACCAGGGCUUUAGAAUCCACCGUAGAAGCUAUUGGACAGGAAAUGAGAGCUAUCUACUCUGCUGAUGGCUAUAAGCAAGGCGUGACAGCUGAAGAGAUGAUCCGUUGCACUAAAUCCAUCACCACUGCCACUGCCAAAUGCGUUUCGGCCGGUAUCAGCAACAAGCAGGAUGACAUCAUCGCCGCGGCCAACUUGUCGCGAAAAUCCAUCUCCAGCAUGCUGAUAAUUUGCAAGGGAGCUGCUUACAGCUUGGCAGAGACUGAAGAAUUGAGACGAGAAACAUUGAAUACUGGUCAUGAAUGCGCCAAGCAAUUCAGAGAACUGCUGUUGCUCAUCUUACAAGGGAAUGGAUCUGCGGACGUUAAACAGAUGCUGCCUGCGGCAUCGAGGAAGAUAGCUCAGAGCGUUACAGAUCUGCUCACCCUAGCCAAGAAAUUGAAAGGUUCCGAUUUUGUGGAUCCAGAAGAUCCGACUGUGAUUGCGGAGAAUGAACUUCUAGGAGCAGCCGCCUCUAUUGAUGCCGCUGCCAAGAAGCUGGCCAGUCUGCAGCCGAGGCAAACCGUAAAGACCCAUGAUGUAGACGAGACACUGAACUUUGAUGAAAUGAUCAUAGACGCGGCCAAAUCCAUAGCUGCAGCCACUUCGGCUUUAGUUAAAGCGGCCAGUGCUGCCCAAAGAGAACUAAUCGAUGCCGGCAAGGUUUCCGGUACCCCCGUAUCUUCUUCCGAUGACGGUCAGUGGUCUGAAGGACUCAUCUCAGCUGCGCGAUUGGUUGCCUCCGCAACACAUACCUUGGUUGAGAGUGCUAAUGCCCUAGUACAAGGAUUUGCCAGUGAAGAAAAACUCAUCGCUUCCGCGAAACAGGUCGCCAGCUCGACUGCGCAGCUUUUGGUGGCUUGCAAGGUCAAGGCAGAGGGAGACACAGAAGAAGCUCGUAACAAGCUGAGUGUUAUCCGUCAAGCCAAAUACAGGCAAAAAGGCAAUGAAACUUCUGGAGAUGAUACCGAUGGUUAUGUUAGCUCUAUUCCAGAUCAAGAUUCAAUGAGGUAUGUCCAAGGCUACGACUCGUCGCACUCCCAUCCCAGUCCCCAACAGAAGUUCUACGCAGACACGUACUCCCAAUUAGAGAGUCCCGAGAAAGUGAAUUCACUAGAGCGCAACAAAAACGUCCUCAAAGCCCAUAUCAAUAGCCUAGAUUCAGCAACGUACGGCGGUACCAACUCUUAUGGACAGGAUUACGGAUCAGCGUUCACCCAAAAUGCCCCGAGGUUUUCCCCCAAAGACAAUUAUACAAGCUCCCCCAGUCACAUGAGGGGGUACGAGCCUUUGAAAACAGAUUCUCCGUUCCAGUCUCCGAAGCACUACUCGGAUGGGUAUUCCAGUUCGGAAUAUGCCACAAAUACAUAUAAGACUCCGGAUGGGUAUAAGUCGAAUACGUUCAAGUAUGAGAGCUAUCACUCGACGCCACAGCCUACUUAUUCCUCCAGUAUAGAGAAAUACUACACCAGCAAACCUGCAGUGACGUCCCCUUUGGAAAAGAAGUCUUUCGAGACUUUCAGGAACGGGAGCAACGCCCAGUAUCAGUCAUCGUUUUCCAGUAACGUGGAGUACAUCAACGAGGCACCGCAACUGAAAAGCGAAGACACUUUGGAGCAGAAAAUGCUCAAAAAGUCGGUGUCACAGCAGAUCAUAGAGAAGAAAACCGUGUCGAUGACCAAAAGUAGUAAACAGGAGUCUUCGACAAGAAGUUUUAGGUUUGAGUGAGUUGGAGGAGUGCAUAAUUUUAGAGAGGAAGCCUCGGAGGAUAUUAAGCUUAAGAGAGGCGAACCUAGCGGAAAGAAAAAACUUUUUUUUUCAAUGCUCGAAUAUAGUUUUCCGAAUGUUAAACUUCUAUUGUAUAUUGUUUUUUCUGUAAGUGUCCUUACUUGCAAUUGGUGCUAUAUAUGUUUCCGCUUUCAACCUUCUACAGUUUAUAACCAAAUAUAUUAGAUCUUAUGUGCCAAUAAUAUUGUAUAAGCUUUUUAGAAAAUAAUCUUUAUGGUUUCUUUCAUUUUAAGUUGUAAAUUUUUAAAAAACAUUGUAUUUAAAUCAUAACUAAGUGCCUAUCCUGAUUAUUUUUGUAGGGUUAUAUUACUUAGUAACAAGACUUAAAACGGUGCCUGAAUCAAAAUAUGCCUUAUAUUGAUGCAAACUUUACACACUAAGUACUAGGAUUGUUUUAUUUGGAUAAUUUUAUCAUAUAUGAAUGACAAAUAAAGAACAUUAUUUAACAUGUA